AUGCAGCUUGGAUAUAUAGAGUUCGUGCCAGCGUUCUCGUACCCUCAGUCAAGUGACCAUAUCAGUCAAGUGACCGAGACGACCAAUGGCAAUGUGAACACGCUGGAGUACGUCGUCACCGUGGGUCUAGGCACGCCGGCGGUCCACCAGACCGUGCUCAUUGACACGGGCUCCGACCUCUCCUGGGUCCAGUGCCGUCCUUGCCCCGUGCCACCGUGCCACCGACAGAAGGACGCCGUCUUCGACCCGAGCAAGUCGUCCACCUUCGCCUCCAUCCCUUGCGGCUCCCCUGCCUGCGCGCGGCUCGGUGCUCAGUACGCCAGUGGCUGCUCCAGAGGCGGUCAGUGCGGCUACGCCGUCAACUACACUGACGGCUCCAGCACCACCGGCACGUACAGCUCCGACACCCUCACGAUGACCUCCUCCGGCUCCGGCGGCGUGGUCAGCGGCGGCUUCACAUUCGGCUGCAGCCACUCCGAGCCGGGCUUCUCCGACCCUGACCGGACAGACGGGAUCCUCGGGAUUGGCGGCGGCGCGCAGUCUCUGGGCACCAUCAUCACCUGGCUGCCGCCGAUUGCGUACAGCGCGCUGCGGGCGGCGUUUGGGGACGCCUUCUUCGGCGAGCUCGUGGACCAGCAGGACGACGCCGCCGCCGCCGGGGCGGACGGUGGCAAGGGUGGCGAGGAGGACGAGCAGGAGAUGCGAGAGGUGUUCAAGCUAGCCCACAGGCCACAGAUGAUGAGUUUGGCUGAGUUCCAGUUUGCAGUACUAAUAAUUUUUGUUCAUUGGUCCAUGGGUGGAGUAGCACCGGUGAAACCCUUGGCUAAGGUGGACAAUCUUACUACUCACAAGCAGGCUACUAGCAGUAGCACUAGAACCUUACUAAGCAGACAUGUCUACCUGAUGGAUCUCUUGCUCAAGUCGAGGAGAAGCAGCUGGCACAACAGCAGCGCCCUGAGGCUUCCACAGAACUGCUGCUAUGGCAGCUUCGUCAUACACCCUAAUGGAAGGUGGUACAGGAUCUGGUCGAGCGCGAUGUUCCUGUGGUCCAUCUAUUCCACCUUCUUCACCCCCUUCGAGUUCGGCUUCUUCCGGGGCCUCCCGGAGCACCUGCUGGACCUCGAGUGCGUGCAGCUCGUCUUCCUCGCCGACGUCGCCGUCCAAUUCUUCCUCGCCUACAGGGACGCCCACACCUACCGGAUGGUGUACGACAAGCGCAAGAUCGCGCUGCGCUACAUCAAAGGAAGCUUCGCUCUUGACAUCCUCGGCUGCUUCCCAUGGGACUUCAUAUACAAGGCGACGGGAAGAACGGAGAUGGUGCGGUGCCUGGUGUGGCUGCGCCUGUACAGGGCCCGCAACAUCCUGGCCUUCUUCAAGCGGACGGAGAAGGACAUCCGCAUCAGCUACCUCUUCACGCGGAUCGUGAAGCUCAUCACCGUCGACCUCCACUUCACGCACACCGCCGCCUGCGUCUUCUACUACCUCGCCACCACGCAGCCGCCGGCGCGCGAGGGCGGCACCUGGAUCGGCAGCCUCACGCUGGGGGACACCAGGUACAUCAGCUUCAGGGAGAUGGACCUGCUCACCCGCUACGUCACCUCGCUCUACCUCGCCAUCGUCACCAUGGCCACGGUCGGUUACGGCGAUGUCCAUGCGGUGAACCCGAGGGAGAUGGCCUUCACCGUGGUGUACAUCUCCUUCAGCAUCCUCCUCAGCGCCUAUCUCAUCGGCAACAUGACAGCGCUCAUCGUGAAGGGAUCCAAGACCGAGAGGUUCCGGGACAAGAUGACCGACCUCAUCAGGUACAUGAACAGGAACAAGCUGGGCGCCGGUAUCAGGUCACAGGUGAAGGAUCACCUGCUGCUGCAGUACGAGAGCAGCUACACCAGGGACAGAGUCGUUGACGACAUCCCGGUCUCUGUGCGAUCCAAGAUGUCCCAGACACUGUAUCUGGACAUGGUUUCAAGAGUGCACCUGUUCAAUGGAUGCUCGGAAGACUUCCUUAGCCAGAUUGUGGUAAAGUUACAUGAAGAAUUCUUCCUCCCUGGGGAGGUUAUUUUAGAGCAAGGCACUGUGGUGGAUCAAAUUUAUAUUGUGGCACACGGAUGUUUGGAAGAGGUGGCCACUGGAGAAGGUGGAUCAGAGGAGAUCAUCUCAGCGCUUCUGCCCUAUGACAUCAUCGGCGAUGUCUCUGUAGUCUGCAACGUUCCACAGCCACACACAGUCAGGGUCUGUGAGCUUUGUAGCCUCCUGAGAAUCGACAAGCAGUCCCUGACCAGCAUCCUGAAGAUUUACUUCAAGGAUAGCCGUCAGAUCUUGAGCAACCUACUCAAGGGGCGAGCAACCGAGUCCAAGGGGAAGCAGCUGGAAUCAGAUAUCACGUACCUGAUAUCAAGGCAAGAAGCAGAGCUGGUCCUUGGAGUGAACAAUGCCGCUUACCGUGGAGAUUUGUUCCGUCUGAAGGGACUGAUCAGUGCAGGAGCAGAUCCGAGUAAACCCGAUCACGACGGAAGGACUGCGCUGCAUGUUGCUGCGUUAAGAGGAUAUGAAGAUAUCGUCAGGUUCCUAAUUCAGCGGGGAGCCAAUGUCAACAGCAUAGCACUGAAAUCAGGCCAUGAGAGGAUCACCUCUCUCCUAGUGAAGCACGGUGCAGCCCUGAAUCUAGAAGAUGCCGGAGGGUACCUGUGCAGGGUCGUCACGGACGGCAAGAUCGUCCUGCUCAAGAGGCUGCUCAGGUUCGGCGUCGACCCCAACUGCAAGAACUACGAUCAGAGGACGCCGCUCCACGUCGCUGCUGCCGAGGGCCUGCACCUCGUCGCCGGCAUGCUCGUAGACUUCGGAGCAGAUGUUCUGGCCAAAGACAGGUGGGGAAACACGCCGCUGGACGAAGGGCGGAGAUGCAGCAGCAGACCACUGGUCAGGAUUCUAGAGCAGGCUAGGACUGUUGCAGUCACGCAGUGA